AUGUCUUCGUUCGUACCAAUUGCUUCUUCCAACUUUAGCCACAAUCAUGAAGGCCUCGCUCAUGCCUUUGGCAUUGCUCGCAAUCCCUAUCCUCCGACCGGGGGUGGCACAAAGCGUCUGACCUUCAACGAGACCGUCGUGCGGACGGCGAUUUCACCAUCGCGGAUAUCGGUGAAAUGGAUUGACACAGCAGAGGAUGGGCAGUACGUCUACCGGGACAAAGAUGGCAGUCUUAAGAUCAGCAAUAUUGUUACCAAGCAAACGCAGACCCUCGUGGCAGCCGACCACGUCCCUUCGGGGGUAUAUAGCUACCAAGUCAAGCCCGACCUCUCGGCAGUCCUCUGGGAGACCAACCAUACGAAGAAAUACCGACGUCCUUCCCUAGCAAAUUAUUACAUCCAAGAUGUUCUGUCAUUGCAGCUAAGCCCUCUCGUUUCAGACCAGAACGUUGAUAUUCGAUAUGCUCAGUGGAGCCCGGUGGGCAACACGAUCGCAUUUGUCCGUGAAAACAACCUGUUCACCUGGAUCGACGGGGUCAUCACAACGGUCACCUCGGAUGGUGGACCUGAGAACUUCCAUGGUGUGCCGGACUGGGCUUACGAGGAGGAAAUCCUGGGGGACCGGUUCGCGUUCUUUUUCUCUCCCGAUGGAGAGUAUCUCGCCUUCCUGAGUUUCAAUGAGACGGGGGUGCCGACCUACCUGGUGCCAUACUACAUGGAUAACCAGGCUAUUGCGCCGCCGUAUCCAGCAGAGAUGCCGAUUCGAUACUCGAAAGCAUCGCAAAUCAAUCCCACGGUGCAGCUGAGCCUUCUCCGCGUGGCUGAAAGCCGCGCUCUGACCGUCACAGUCGAUUCUUUCGAGUUGGAUGAUUUGAUCAUUGGUCAAGUCUCCUGGCUCACUGAUACCCACACCACGCUAGCCGUCAAGACAUUCAAUCGUGUUCAGGAUCGUCAGGCAGUCGUGGCGGUUGAUACGGCUUCGGGGACGGCGGAAAUCAUCAACGAGCGCGACGGCACCGAUGGAUGGAUAGACAACACUCCGAUAAAAUAUAUCGGAGCAAUCGACAACACCUCCUCUCUAUACUACCUUGACAUCUCUGACCGGUCGGGAUGGUUCCACCUGUGGCUCUUCCCUCUGUCUGGUGGCGAGCCGAUCGCUCUCACUAGUGGUGAUUGGGAGGUGACUUCCAUUCUUAGCGUAGACCGAGGCAGACAGCUCAUCUACUACCUCUCCACGCAACAUCACAGCACCGAGCGACAUCUUUACUCAGUAUCUUAUCGCACUUUCGAAAUAACACCUCUAGUUGAUGACUCCGUGCCCGCCUACUGGCAUGCGUCAUUCUCCGCGCAUUCGGGAUACUACAUCCUCACCUACAAUGGCCCCGAUGUUCCGUAUCAGGAGCUCUACUCCGUCGACCAGAGCCAUCCUCUGCGUACAAUCGCCGACAACGCUAGAACUGUCACUCAACUCCAGGACUAUGCACUCCCGAAUAUCAGCUACUUCGAACUACCUCUCCCCGAGAGCCCCACAAACGAAACCCUCAACGUCAUGCAACGGCUGCCGGUGGAUUUCGAUCCGAGCAAGAAAUACCCUAUCCUAUUCACUCCCUAUGGCGGCCCCGGCGCGCAACGGGCAAGCAAAUCAUGGCAGUCUCUGGGAUUCAAUGCCUACGUCGCCUCUGACCCGGAGCUCGAAUACAUCACCUGGACCGUCGACAAUCGGGGGACAGGGUGCAAGGGCCGCGCGUUCCGCACACAGGUCACCAAACGCUUGGGACUUCUGGAAGCGGCGGACCAGAUCUACGCCGCCCAGCAGGCUGCCGCGCUGCCCUACGUCGACGAGGACCACAUUGCCAUCUGGGGAUGGAGUUUCGGCGGCUAUCUGACGGCCAAGGUCAUCGAACAGGAUAGCGACGACGGCGAUGGUAUCUUCUCCCUAGGUCUGAUCACGGCGCCGGUGGCAGACUGGCGGUUCUAUAACUCGAUGUACUCGGAGCGGUACAUGAAGACGCUGGCGGAGAACGCGGAGGGCUAUGCGGCCAGCGCGGUGCGGCGGACAGCCGGCUUCCGGAGCGUCCGCGGCGGGGUCCUCAUCCAGCACGGCACGGCGGACGACAACGUGCACUUCCAGCACUCGGCGGCCCUGGUGGAUCUGUUGGUUGGCGCUGGAGUGUCGCCGGAGAAGGUGCAGGUGCAGUGGUUCACGGACUCGGAUCAUCAUAUCCAUUAUCAUGGGGGAAAUGUGUUUUUGUACAAGCAGUUGGCGGGGCGGUUGUUCGCGGAGAAGUUGCGAGAGGAUGAGGGGGUGAAGCAUGGUUGGAGUCGGAGGGGGGGUAGCAGUGUAAUGCUCGAGCAAUCCUAG